UUUUUUUAGAUCUUGAGCCACAGUUGAUAUUUAUUGUGUCUUGUGAUGCGCAAGAAAAAUAAUCAAGUAGCAACAGAGAUCUAUAAAUAACCUCAGCGCUCAGCCCCCAUUUUCUAGGAAGGACUUUUAUUUUGAAACACACGCACAUCCUCUGACCAAAUGCCCCGUUGAGCGGUCGGGCCUAUUUAGGGCUUUCUAAAGUUAGAAUUAAAAUCGUUGGGACUGAUCAAAAACAUGGGCGUUUAGCGACAAACAGUCUUAAUUACUGGAUGGAUGUCUGUGAGCUCCACUAAGUAGGUUUUGUGUGGUCGCAGAGCGCACUCGUCGUUUUCGCGGCCGUUGCGGAGGGGAUUGUUAUGACAUUAUUCUCUUUGUCUCGCGCUGCACGAACCAGAGACCGUCUUUCCUGCUGAAAGAGCCCUUUUCACCGAUCGGUGCAAAUCUAGGUAUUCUUAACGACCCCAUUCUAACUGGUUCUCACCGAUCCGAUCGAGGAACUGAAACAUGUCGUUGCACGGUAAACGAAAAGAGAUCUACAAGUACGAGGCGCCAUGGACCGUCUAUGCCAUGAACUGGAGCGUCAGACCCGACAAGCGCUUUCGGCUGGCGCUCGGCAGCUUCGUCGAGGAGUAUAACAACAAGGUCCAGCUGGUGGGUCUUGAGGAGGAAAGCUCAGAGUUUGUAUGCAGGAAUACUUUCGAUCAUCCGUACCCCACCACCAAGAUCAUGUGGAUCCCUGACACCAAGGGUGUCUAUCCAGACCUGCUGGCCACCAGUGGAGACUACCUGCGCAUUUGGAGGGUGAACGACACAGAGACCCGUCUGGAGUGUCUCCUGAAUAAUAACAAGAACUCUGAUUUCUGUGCACCUCUGACCUCUUUUGACUGGAAUGAAGUGGACCCCAAUCUUCUGGGCACUUCUAGUAUUGAUACCACCUGCACGAUCUGGGGUUUAGAGACAGGACAGGUCCUGGGAAGGGUCAACCUGGUGUCAGGCCAUGUCAAAACACAGCUAAUUGCUCACGACAAGGAGGUGUAUGAUAUCGCAUUCAGCCGUGCGGGUGGCGGUCGGGAUAUGUUUGCGUCUGUGGGAGCAGACGGAUCCGUGCGCAUGUUUGAUCUGCGGCACCUGGAGCACAGCACCAUCAUCUAUGAGGACCCUCAACAUCACCCGUUGCUGCGCCUGUGCUGGAACAAACAGGACCCCAACUACCUGGCCACUAUGGCCAUGGAUGGCAUGGAGGUGGUGAUUCUGGAUGUGCGUGUGCCGUGCACACCAGUGGCUCGUCUCAAUAAUCAUCGUGCCUGUGUGAACGGCAUUGCCUGGGCGCCCCACUCCUCUUGUCACAUAUGUACAGCAGUAGCGGACGAUCACCAGGCUCUGAUCUGGGACAUCCAGCAGAUGCCGCGUGCCAUCGAGGACCCCAUCCUGGCCUACACGGCCGAGGGAGAGAUCAAUAACGUGCAGUGGGCCUCCACUCAGCCCGACUGGAUUGCCAUUUGCUACAACAACUGUCUGGAGAUCCUGCGGGUGUAGAGCCGAGGCAUAAAUCGCCUCUGUGCUUCCUGUGGGCAGCAUUGCUGGAAGAGAGUCAUUCAUGGAGCAGAGACUUGUUUUCUAAAGUUCCUGAGGUCUGGGGGAUUCAAGUGGGAAACCAUAUUGAACGGGCCUAUGGGAACAACAGUUUGAACAAUGUGUGUGCAACGUUUGUCUGGGAGAAUGAAGCUGUAUGAAUGAGUACCUGUGUUUCUGCACAAUAUAUUAUAUUUGUCUGUUUUCCUACUUGCAGGUGUCCCAGAGUCCUCAUAAUGGGAUCUUAAACACAACUGUAAUUACUAUGAUUGUAUGGCCAUUUGUGUAGGGGGAGAGAUGUGCGUUUAUUCUGUUUGACCGGUAGAAAACUUUUUUGAAAACUAGGAUCAUAAAGAUGCAAACUUGCCAACAUGGACAAAGCAAAACUACCAUUUUAUUAAGAUGUAAUUGCUUACUUCAAAGAUUAAUAAUUUUAAAGGUUCUCUGAAAUUUAGAUCCUGUUUUUCCAUUUUAGGAAGGUGCCAUUCUUUUGUAUCCUUGGAAACUUCUAAAUACCGGAUAAUAUGGAGAUAAAAUGCUUGACGGCACUGCAAAACAUUCAUAAUUGUUCCUCACAGACAUGCUCACGACUCACAUAACGGUUAGUUGCGUUGUUGACGUCAAUGUUUGAGUGGACAAUAUCUUGGUCUUUUUCACUUCAAGAUGCAUUACUGAGAGUUCCUGCUAUAACCAUCCCCCCCCCCAAUGUUGUUUUUCAU